CCCUUAUAAUUAUGGUCUUCGUGAAUUAUGGAGGAGGAAAGUACUGGUUCUUCAAGCAUCAGAGCUGGAAUGGACUAACUGUAGCCGACCUUGUCUUUCCAUGGUUUGUGUUCAUCAUGGGCACCUCCAUUUCACUGUCUCUGAGUUCCAUGUUGCGUCGAGGGUGCUCAAAAUGGAAACUGCUUGGAAAAAUCCUGUGGAGGAGUCUCCUUCUCUUUUUGAUAGGAGUCAUCAUUGUGAACCCAAAUUACUGCCUUGGACCUUUGUCUUGGGAAAACCUGCGAAUCCCAGGGGUGCUUCAAAGACUGAGCUGUACAUACUUUGUAGUUGCUGUACUUGAGCUCCUCUUUGCCAAACCUGUGCCUGAGAACAGCACUCUGGAGAUUCCAUGCCCUGCUCUCCGAGACAUCCUGCCUUAUUGGCCCCAGUGGCUUUUUGUGAUGGCACUUGAAGCAGUUUGGCUUUGCCUUACGUUCCUGUUAAACGUUCCUGGAUGUCCAAAUGGUUACCUUGGCCCUGGCGGCAUAGGAGAUUUUGGAAACUAUCCUAACUGUACAGGAGGAGCAGCUGCCUAUAUUGAUCAUGUACUCCUAGGAGAGAAACACAUCUACCAACAUCCUUCUUCUAAUGUGCUUUACCAAACUACAGUGGCCUUUGAUCCUGAAGGGAUUUUGGGAACGAUCAAUUCUGUCGUCAUGGCAUUUUUGGGACUUCAGGCUGGAAAAAUUCUCUUGUUUUACAAAGAUCAGCACAGACAAAUAAUGCUCCGCUUUUGCAUAUGGAGUGUAGUAAUGGGUGUCAUUUCUGCUGUCUUGACUGAAUGCUCCAAAGAUGAAGGCUUUAUUCCAGUGAAUAAGAAUUUGUGGUCAAUCUCUUAUGUGACAACGCUGAGCAGCUUUGGCUUUGUUCUUCUGCUGUUAAUCUACUAUUUUGUAGAUGUGAAGAAAGUAUGGUCAGGAUCGCCAUUUUUCUUUCCAGGUAUGAACUCUAUCCUCGUCUACGUUGGCCAUGAAAUAUUUGAAAACUACUUUCCUUUUAAAUGGAAGAUGCAGGAUGCACAAUCUCACACUGAACACUUGGCUCAGAACCUCAUUGCCACCUCUCUAUGGGUUUUCAUAUCCUAUGUACUUUACCGGAAAAGAAUAUUCUGGAAAAUCUAGCUCAAUGCAAUAGGUCAAAAGAACUUGGGGCACUGGAGUACCCCACCUUCUACGUGUUACUUUUUUAAAAAAGGGAUCAUGUGUUUGGUUUACAUUCCAGGUCAUCUCAGAGACAUGCAUAUUUAAAGUCUUCUGAUUUGCCAUCUGGCUAAAACUAUUUGUUACAAUUUUAUCUACAUGCAUUAUUCCAUUUCUAAAUAAAACAUUGAAUCAGUCCUAA